CAGAAUCACAGCUUCACCAUGGCGAGCGUCUUAACUCCCACUCAACCAGACAUCGAGUAUCAUCCCGAUUGGGAUAAGUACCAGGCGCGGACGCUCCGGCGAAAGGAGACUGAAACCCUGCAGGAGUCUGUUCCAGAAGGUUUUCCCACGCAGCUGGAUUCCAAGCUGGUCUGGGAGGGUCGCGAAGUCGAGAGUCGAGAUGACUGGGUGGUUCAGCUCACUGACGCGGAGCUGGAUGAGAUUGAUUCAACACUGAGGAACUUCAAGGCACAAAACCUUCACUGGGGAUUGAUCGAUCAGUCUACCUUCCCCUUGCCAACGCUGCAUCAACGACUUCGGGAGCAAUCGAGAGAGCUGCACCUGGGGCGUGGUUUCUUUGUACUGAGAGGCCUCCGCGUUGACCAAUACUCGCGCGACGAUAACAUCAUCAUCUAUGCCGGUAUAUCCUCCCAUGUAGGUAACAUCCGCGGGCGACAGGAAGACACGAGGUUUGCCAACGGUACUUCGCUGGUCGUUUCGCAUAUCAAAGACAUCACCAGCAGCACACCGACUGGGGCCAUCGGGGCACCUUCGAACACAGCCGACAAACAGGUCUUCCACACUGAUGCCGGUGAUAUUGUCUCUCUCCUGUGCCUCCAUCCCGCAGCAUCGGGGGGUGAGAGCAAGAUUGCCAGUAGCUGGCUGGUAUAUAACAUCCUCGCGCGUGAGCGACCGGAUCUGAUCCACACUCUGUCCCAGGACUGGCCGGUUGAUGGCUUCAACAACCCAGCCGCCCCGUACACAAACCGGCCAUUGUUGUACUACCAGAAGCCCACCGAGUCGACGCCUGAGCGCGUUCUCAUCCAGUAUGCCCGUCGAUACUUCACCGGCUUCAAGGCCCAACCACGGUCUUCCGACAUCCCACCUAUCACCGAAGCCCAGGCGGAGGCGCUUGACGCGUUGCAUUUCCUGGCCGACAAGCAUAGUGCCGCGCUGGACUUCCAAAAGGGAGACGUGCAGUAUAUCAACAAUCUCAGUAUCUUUCACGCCCGUAACGGGUUCCGCGAUGAGCCCGGAAAAGAACGUCAUCUGCUGAGAUUGUGGCUGCGUGACCCGGAGUAUGCGUGGGAGACUCCUGAACCGUUGCGGAAGCGAUGGGACAACGUGUAUAAGGACGUGAAGGUGGAAGAGCAGGUGUUUCCCCUGGAGCCACGGUUGCGGAAGACAGUGGGUGCGUAGGGUACCGUGGGACGUGACGGGAUCGAUGUUGAUGCUGGAUUGGACAAAGUUUGCACUCGGGCCUUGGGGCCCUGACACAAUGAUGUUUUUGAGAAGAAAGAGGAUGAAGGAACAGGAGUGAUGGUGGG